AUGUCAAGCAGCUCAAAAAAUGACUUCACUUCAAUCGGAACGUCCAUAGACAUCACAUGGCAAAACUCUAGAGAUCGCAAAGGAUUAAGAGUAACACAUAGCAUUGGGUCCUUGAAGAAGUAUAAGAAAAUUCGAACCACAACUAGACUAUUACACAAGGAAAGGAGACAUGGCUCCGAAUAUUUUGAGGAAGAAUACAAUCAUUCAUCCAUAAAACCGGAGCUUGUUGAAAAACAUCAUAAUAUAUGUUUUGGAACGAAAAUACGACCAAUAUGGGAAUCUAGGACUCUAAAGAUAAACCCAGUAGAUCCAAAUGACUUGUCUCGUUUUCUGAAAAAUGCGCAACAUACUCAAAGAUUUGCCAUACUAAGCCAAGUGUGGUACAUUUGUUGGAAUACAUUUAAUAGAUUGCCAUUUUUGUGGUCAAUAAUUAUGGUAUUUAUUGAAGCGCUUAUUCUCAAUUUAUGUAUUCCAGACGUUCCAAAACGCUCUUGGUAUUCUACAGGUCUUCCAUUGUUGAUUUCAAUCCUUGUAUCCAUUUUUUCAAAUGUUUUGGAGGCAAAAAGACGUUAUAUUAUUGGACGCUGUGUUGACUACAAAAAGUGUACCGUGCUACACGGACGGAAAGCUAAAAUACGAUCAACGAGGGUAUCUGAUCUAGUCGUAGGAAACAUUGUUAAACUUUCUUUAGAUGAAGAAGUUCCAGCUGACAUAAUAAUUUUGGCUUCAAGCAACUCUGAUGGGAAAAUCCACAUAGAUACAUCAUCUAUUGAUGGUAGCAAUAAUUUAAAGGUAAAAACUUCCGUAAAAGGUGCAAAAGUGGAGGCUUCCAUACGUUCAUUUGCUAAUUUAAGGGGUCAUAUUGUUUGUAACAAGCCUUCAUCUGAUAUGGAUGUAUUUUCAGGGACAUUGUACUUGAAAGGUCAUCCUAGGCCUAGUAAUAUAACUAUUGACAAUUUUGUUAUGAAAGGAUCUAUUAUAAGGAAUACCACGUAUCUUUAUGGAGUUGUUGUAUUUACGGGUCCUGACACAAAGCUCGCGCAAAAUACUACACAUACAUUAAAACAAAUCAAACUUGGAUCUUUUGAACAUAUUAUUAAUAAAUUUUCCAUUAUUUUGGCUCUAUUGUACUUUAUUUGUCUUUUUUCAAGUGUAAUAACUAGAUCCUCAAAUAUUAUGACUAGAGAACAUCCCCUUACCAAAGGAGUUUCUGUGCCAAUUGAAUCCAUACCGUUUGUGAUUUUUAGGUUUAUUAUUUUGUACGGAUGCUUGAUGCCUAUAACUCUUCCUGCUAUUAUGGAUCUUUUGAGACUCUCUUUUGCACCAUUUUAUGACGGAGUAUGUAUAAGUGAAUGUUUACAAAAUAAAGACCUAAAACCAGGAAAGGAACUGCCUAAAAGACUAGAAACUAAAGCAAAUUCGUUGGAAUUCGAUGAUGACGCUCAAGAUGGUCCAAAGUCAUGGUCUUUGAAUUCUUCUCUUUUUGAAGAUUUGGGUAUGGUGGAUUUCAUAUUUACAGACAAGACUGGUACUCUUACAAGCAACAAUCUUUCAAUCACCUUGAUAACCUUUGGAAAAAAAACUUACAGGGUAGAGGAAGCCAUUGAUAGAUUCAAAGAUGAUGUUGAACGUGACCUUGGUGAUAAUCCAAAUUUUGACUUGUUUGUAAGGUUAAUGUGCAUGUGUAACUCUUCGUAUCAGGUGACAAAUAUGCCUCCUUUUAGCUCAAUUAGGUCAUUCGUUACUACAAAUCUAUUUACGUCAAAACUUAUGGGAUCUGGAUCAUAUGAAAGAUUGAAGAAGCAUAACACCGUUGGAUUCUCAAAAAAAGGUACUCGCUUUGGGAGCGUCUUUUUUAUAGAACCCGAAGGUACUACUAGUUCAAAAUCUGAAUCAAUAGCUAUUAUGGGAAGUGCAAGAUUUGAAGAUUCAGAUAGUAAAUCCAGAGGUUCUUCAGGUAGCAGUAUAUCUGUUGGGUCUUAUGGAUUUAGUCAAACAACCUCAAAGAUUGACCCUAAUGAAGCUAGUCAUAAGUACACAAGAUCAAGUCGUACCAAAAGCUUCAAAUCCACGUCACAAGAGGAUGAGUGUAUGACUGCCCUUGCAAUGGAAUUGGGUUAUUGUUUGAUGUCACGUUCAAAAUCCUCGAUUAAUGUGAACAUUAAGGGAACUAUUGAAACUGUGGAUAUUAUUGGUAUAAAUGAGUUUAGUUCUACUCGAAAAAGGAUGUCCAUUGUAUUAAGGCAAGAAUAUGAUGGUAAUUCUAUAGUUUUUGUAAAGGGAGACGGUGAAUCUAUGCUAAAUUUGCUCGACUUGAAUAGGCAUAAAGGAGAUAUUGAGACAUUAAGAAAUAGAAUUAAAAAACAAGGUCUAUUUGGAUACAGAGUUUUGGUUUGUGCAUAUAGAAGAUUGGACAAAGAAGAAACUAUUGUUUACCAACGACAUUACGCAGAUUUAGAGGGAUCUAUUUACGGAAGAGAGGAACGCUUUGAAUCAUGUGCAAAAUUAGUAGAAAAUAACCUCAUAUAUUUGGGACUUGUUGCGUUUAAGGAUGAAAUACAGCCUGAGGUUAUUGAUACAAUAGAUAUGAUCAUGGAUUCUGGAACAAGAAUUUGGAUGGUCACUGGAGAUUCCAAGGGCCCUUCCAUAGAAUCUGCAUAUUUAUCCAAACUUUUGGUGCCUCCAUGUCGUAUAUUCCAUGCAAAACUCGAAGGUACUGAUGCAAACGACUCUUUAAAUAAAAGGAGUACAGAUCUGUAUAACAAAUUUAUACAAGAAAGACCAAGUGGGAUAAAUACAGAACAACUCUGUUUAGUUGUAGAGGGUACUGACUUGAAAACCUUUUUAUCGACCCCGGAUAUGCAAACAUGCUUUGUAAAUAUGGCUUGCUCUGCGGAUGUUGUUAUAGCUUGUGGAUUAACACCCAUUCAAAAAGGGGAACUUGUAAAGUUAGUAAAGUUGCGUCUAGUUCCCACCCCAAUAACACUUGCAAUAGGUGAUGGAUUGAAUGAUGUUAAAAUGAUUGAGGAAGCUCACGUAGGAGUAGGAAUAAUAAAUUCAACAAGCCCUCAUGCAGCAUCUUAUGCAGAUUUUGCAGUUACGUCAUUUGCUUCACUAAAACAACUUUUAUUUUUACAAGGUACUAUAACGUUGCAAGCAAUGAGCAUUGUGGUCUAUUGGAGUUAUUUUAAAUCUUUAUGUUUUGUAAUGCCACUAUUCUAUUACCAGGGAUAUACUAACUGGGCAGGAUUGGAUCUUUAUGGAUCAUUUAUACAGCUACUAUUUCAAAUCGUCUUUACUCCAAUCCCUGUAGUGACGUGCGCACUUUUUUACAAGCAGAUACCUAACGAGUUACUUGUGAAUCUUCCAGUAUUUUAUACACUAGGACGCCGUAGAUAUUACACAAGUCUUUUGAAAUUUUGCUUUUGGGCUCUGGAGGGAAUUAUAAUGUCACUUUUUUGCUAUUAUUCCCUUCGAAUAUCAGUUGUUCAGGCUCCAAUGAUUUAUGGUGGAAAUACUCUAAGUGCACGUGCAUUUGGUCUUUUGUGUUCUCUAGGAUCUUUGAUAAUAUCAAAUUCCAGGCUUAUUAUUGAAUUUGCUCCAAGGACUUAUCUGGUGUCUAUUCCACUAGCCAUAAUCUUUGUUCUUGGUGUUAUCCCUAUUUUCUUGUCUCUCACGUAUGCUCUUGCUGGGAGAUCCCUAAAGGCAGCAACUAUGCAAGUUGUUUUAUGGAAGCCUUUUUAUAUUCUCGUACCUCUAUGGUUUGUCUCAUCUAUUGUAUCAUAUACUGUUUCUUCCAUAUUACAAGCUUUUGUUUCUCCGAAUCUUUCAGAGUAUAUUGUAAAUUGGUUUUCAGCGCAAAAGUGCGAUUGUAAUUCUGAUAAUGACAGUUCUAAACAAAGAUUUAGAUUUAAAGUGAUAAAAUGGUGUUCACAUGUUUUGGAAAGAGCUAAAAAUGAGUUCAACAUACAUGAAUCUUCUAAGGUGAAUGGAAUUAUACCAGCUGCCAGACCCUUCAAAAUUAGAGAAGGAGCUGUUUCCCUAGAUGAAACGCCACCAUAUAUAAAAGUAAAAGAUAACAUGGAACGUAAUGAUGAUGAUAAAAAUGACAAAACGGUAAAUCAUAGAAUAUCUAACUUGAUAAAUAAGCUAACCCUUCGAUUCCAGGAUAUGCAGCUAGAAGCAGAUUAUCUAUUCUACAAAACUCAAAACCACUAUUACGAAAAUAGCAAAUGGUACUUGGCUAUAUACUUUCUAUUGGGAGUAUUUUAUUUUCUGGAUUUUAUCGUAGACUAUAAACUUCGUGUACACUGGGGAGAUAGAUCCUCAAAAUGGUUUAUGGGUUUGACUAUAGUUAUGGAGCUUUUAAUCCUGUGCUGCAUAUUGUUUAUGUUUAAGGCUAAAACUUUUGCGAAACAUGUAAAUCUAAUAUUGGGGUCGCUAGUUUUCUGUAUGAUAUUACAACACGCAGCAAACAGAUUCAUUCUUGAUUCCACAACGUGGAUUCAUCCAGUACUCUUUCCGAUUUUUACAUUUGUCAUUCUAAGGAUCCCGUUUGUUUAUUCUGUACCAUCAAAUGUUAUAUUUUUCACAAUCACAUUGGGAUCAUUAGGGUCAUCCCUUCACUCUAUUCCACUUUUUAUCGGUAUAAUUGUGUUUGUGGGCUUUGUGGGCUAUAGGUUAGAGUAUGAUAGUAGGAAGAGCUUUAUACUUGAAUCCUCUGUUGCAAAUGCACGGAAGAAGCAAAGUGAGCUCUUGAAUACAAUGCUUCCAAAUUUUGUUGUCUCAAAAAUGAUCAAUGCAAGGUUAAAUGAAGAUGGAAUUCCAAUUGGGUUUGAGGCUGAGAGUCACGGAGCAGUGUCUAUACUCUUUUGUGAUGUUUAUAAUUUUCCAGACCUGAUUGCUAACGUGGAACCAACGAGACUCAUUGAGCUUUUAGAUUCGUUAUUCCUUGCUUUUGAUAGAUGUGUAGAGCAAUUUAAUGCAACAAAAAUAGAAACUGUUUCUGAAUCUUACCUUACGGCAUUUGGACUUGAUGACUCUUGUCCAUACACUUCAGCUGCAAAUGCUAUUGAUAUGUCACUCGCUAUGCUUGAAGUGGCUCAUCAGAUUAGAUAUCCAUUGAUAAACAAAACUGACAAUGAUCCAUCUCGCUCAGGCUCUUUGAGUAUUGAUGGAUUGUCAGAAUCUAUGCCUGUAAAAAUAGGAAUAAAUUCUGGGGGAGUUAUAUCUGGUCUAGUUGGUGCAAAAAAGCCACAAUAUGCUCUAUUCGGGGACACGGUAAACACAGCAAGUAGAAUGAAGAGUACCGGUGAAGUUGGGCAUGUUCAUAUCUCAGAAAGUACAUAUGAACUUAUCAAAUCAGACGAAACGUUGCAAUUUGAACAAAAGGAUACAUUUGUUAAGGGAAAGGGUACUAUGAAAACUUAUUUACUAAAGUCCGUGCUAGGUUCAUCUUAUCCUGGUUUCGAUGGGCCAAAAAUUAUCCAUGAAGUUGAUGCAUUUUCUCCGGAAUUUAGCAAACACAUUGCAGGUUUGAAUUUUGAUCAUUUUAAUAAUGACCCAUCGGAAUCAAUAGAGGCUGAUUAUACCAAUUGGGGUGAAAAUAACAUCUCUGUAAACCCCUCUCUUGUGGAAAAGAUGAAAAACCGAAGAGUGAAGAUUUCAGCAGCAAUAGGGGCAUCUUUAGAGGAGGAUUUAGAUGACGAAUAUAUGGGAUCUGUGAGGGAAUUUGGAUCUUAUUCAUUCAGUAGUUCAUCAUCUUCCGUGUAUAGAGGAAUUUCCAGAUGUUUACCGUUUCGUAAAAAUAACACAUCCAGAUCUAGCUCAACAAUAACAUUAAUACGUGAAGCUUCAAAACUUGAUUGUCAAUAUGAUAAUUUAAUCUAUGAGGAACAUGAUAGGUUUAUGAAGAAGGACCAGGAGAAUCAUAUGAAGCGUCAUGAACUUUUACUUUUAAAAUUCAGUGACAAAUUGCAGGAGGACCGCUACAGGCUUAACUUUUAUAACAAUGCUACAAAUCUCAACACAAAUGAACAUGCUUUAGUCAUAUUUCUGAUGACAUUUGUGGCUCAAAGUGUAAUUGCGCUUUCCUUACCACGCAUAUACACGGAUGCGGCAAAUGUAACUCACCUUAUCUAUAUAAAAUACAUUCCAUAUUGGAGCACUCGGUCUGUAUUUACUGUGGUUGCAUUUAUGCUAUGGCUAGUAUUCCAUUAUAGGUGUUUUUCAAAAAGUACAGAAUCUAGUGGUACCAGGUUUCUCACUUUUUGUAUAAACACCCUCUUUGUUACUGCUGCGUGUGUUUUUGCUCUUUCAAAUUCAUGGGCUGUAUCUGGAGAAGGUGAAAAAAUUGAUACAUGGCUAACAUCGGAUACAAUAGAAUUUUACUUUUAUAUUGUGGUUUUGCAUCAUAGUACAGGAAUGCUCUUUCAUACAUGCCUUUUAGUUGAUAUUCUGUUCAUGAUUUUAUCAAUGACAUUUAUAUCGACUAGUGUCAAAAGAACCCCGGUUUCUGUUAUCGCAUUAUUUACAAUACCAUGUUGCAUUAUUUUCAAUCUAAUUUCCGCUCACUGCAAGGAGGCGAUCGAUAGGAAGACCUUUUACACCAACGAAAAGGCUAGGGCAAUUGAAGCGAGAGUAAGCCAGAUGUUGAAUGAGAUGCUUCCAAAAAGUAUCCUUGAGGAAUUCAGAAACGAUAAGCUAAAAAUGACGUAUAUCCAUGAAAACAUGUCCUUUUUGUUUUCGGAUAUCGUAGGGUUCACCAGCUGGGCAACCUCUGUGGAUGCAUCUGAAGUCAUUGCCCUUUUGCAGAAGCUUUUUGCGAAUUUUGACAGAAAUACUACUCAGUUUGGGCUGUACAAGUUGUGCACGAUUGGGGAUGCUUACGUGGCUGUAAGUGAGCCUGCAACAGAACCAACAAACGAACAAACAAUCAUCAAUGAUAUUGAGGGGGUGUUGCAAAUGGCGUCUUCAAUGCUAAGGAUUAUCAAGGAAUUAAGAGAGACCUUUAACAUUCCCGGACUCAACAUGAGGAUUGGCCUGCACUUUGGAACUUCUAUAGGAGGUGUUAUUGGAUCGGGAAGACUACGUUAUGAUCUCUGGGGGAUGGAUAUUUACACUGCAAACAAGAUUGAAAGUCAUGGAGUGCCAGGAAUGAUUUGUGUGUCUGAGAGGCUGAAGGAUAUCAUGUACACCAUAUUUCCAAACCGUUUCACAUUCAAAUUCAAUACCGAGAUACAAGUUAUAAAUGAAACAGUCAAUAGCUACAUUAUCGUAGGCGAUAAUAGUGAGCAUUGA